CUAUAAAAAGCCAGCUGCACAGCUGUGCUCAGUGGAGCACAGCCUGCCUUCAUCCAAGCUGCUAAUUUUAGGUCUCUUCCAGAAAAGUGUGUGUGUGCGUGCAAGGGGAUGGUGUGCAACUGUUACCUGAGCUGGAAACGAGGACCUGGGGUGACUGACCUGCUGUAACAACUGUCACUUUUGACAUCAGGGAAACCAAAGCCCUGCGGAUAAACAAAGUGAAGACAAGACGCGCUAUUUUAUUGCGAGGUUAGGCUGCCUCUGUCAGUUUUGUGAUCUUGUCCGUGGCUGACCUUGGCAGCUUCACCAGAGAGCAAAACUGAAGCCCCUUAUCUGGAGGGUUCUCACUUCAGGGCAGGGCUGUUUCUUAGGGGAGAAAAAUAAUCAUUCUUAGAAAAAUCACUGUUUAGCAGUGGUUAAGUCCUCAGGCAAGAGAGAAUCCAUGCUGAAGACCUGGAGAGGUGCUGCUGGAGCAAAGGAGACAUGCAAUACAGUUGUCUAACUGCCUGGGGGCUUGGACAAUAACAGAUUGACCAAAUACUGCAGCAAUGGCAACAAUCAAGGGGAUCUCAAGUUUCAGUGCUGAGCAAGAAGCACAGGCACUAAGGAAAGCAAUGAAGGGAUUUGGCACAGAUGAAGAUGCCAUCAUCGAGAUUCUGACCAAACUGAAUGUUUCCCAACGCCAGCAAGUUCUGAUCACCUAUAAAACUGCUAUUGGCAGGGAUUUGAUUGAUGACUUGAAGUCUGAGCUGAGUGGGAACUUUGAGAGGGUGAUCGUUGGGAUGAUGACUCCCACCACCAUGUAUGAUGUACAUGAACUGAGGAGGGCUGUGAAGGGUGCUGGAACAGAUGAAGGUUGCCUGAUUGAAAUUCUGGCUUCUCGCACAAAUGAAGAGAUCCGACACAUUAAUGAGAACUACAAACUUCAAUAUGGCUGUACCCUUGAAGAGGACAUUGUCUCUGAUACAUCUUCCAUGCUUCGAAGAGUCCUUGUGUCCCUCGCAACGGGAAACAGAGAUGAGGGAACGUAUGUGGAUAGUGCCCUUGCUCAGCAAGAUGCUCAGAGCCUGUAUGAAGCUGGGGAGAAGAAAUGGGGAACAGAUGAGGUACAAUUUAUGUCCGUCCUCUGUACACGGAACAGAAGUCACCUACUAAGAGUUUUUGAUGAAUACAGGAGGAUUGCUAACAAGGACAUAGUAGACAGCAUUAAAUCUGAGAUGUCAGGAGACCUUGAAGAUGCUUUACUAGCUGUGGUAAAGUGCACACGGAAUAAACCUGCGUAUUUUGCUGAAAGACUGUAUAAAUCUAUGAAGGGCUUGGGAACAGAUGACAAUACACUGAUCCGAGUGAUGGUGUCUCGUGCUGAAAUAGAUAUGUUGGAUAUCAGAAGGGAAUUUCUGACCAUGUAUGGGAAAUCUCUUUACUCCUUCAUUAAGGGAGACACCUCAGGAGAUUAUAGGAAAGUUCUGCUCAAGCUCUGUGGUGGGGAGGAUUAAAAGAUGCCUGGUGUACUGCCUGGGUGAUGGGAAGCAGUAGAUCAUGAGGAUUUCUCUCUUUUUCCAGAUAGCUUAAUUAUUGCUAUGAGUAUUGACUUAGGUUGGUUAAUGCUCUGACUAGAUCAUGACAAUUCAAGUUGACCCUUUUGAUAUGCUUUUAUGCUUGGCACACCCAUUUUUUCCUACUAAUCUGGCUAGUAAAACUUGACUUUAACUGAAUACUGUAACCAACUCUAAGCGCUAAACAUGCUUCCAGACAAGCUGUCCCUCUGCCAUUGCAUUUGCUAGCAAAACUUAUUUAUCAGCUGAAGCAAACUUAGAUGUGGAAUGUCAGAAUCAGCAGAAGAAAAAAAUUAACUAUAUUGGCAGAGCACAGAAUGCAGACUUGCUUCACUUUUGCAAGAUAAUUCAAACACAAAGAAAACCACCCAUCUAAAAUAGAAGUGUUUAAAUGUAAGCUUGCCCUCUGUUAAUGUGGAGUGUUAGCAGACUUGCUACACUUGCAUAUAUAUAUGUGUGUGUGUGUAUAUAAAUAUAGAUGUGUUGCCUAUAGAUCAGGUGUGGAAGAUGUCACUGGUGACAUCAGAAGGAACAGGUCAGCCCUAUUCUCUUGGUCUUAUCCAUUUGACCAGUGGGAGCAUGACUUUUCCUGAAGUCAUCAGCGUCUUGUAAGCUCUUACUCUAGAUAAAACAGUCUGUAUCAUUGGAAUGGUGCCUUUUCAGGGAAUGACCUGUCCCACAGCCGUCUCAUCAGCACUGCCUGGUGCCUUUACACGCGGAGGCCUUGCACUGGUGUAGGAGGAUGCCUCGCACGGGGGUGGCUUGCUGUGUCUCACCAGCGCUAGCUGGUUGUAGUCCUUUAUAACACUACGGUAGAGGGUCCAGUUUUUGUGCCUGUGCUGGACAUGGACUCGCACACCAACUGCUGGAAGAACGCUUCCUCCCCAACUGCCUCCGCUGCCUUUUGGGCUGAGCAUCGCUUUCACUGUGCUGGGGCCUGUGUUUGGAUUUGCAGGCUCCUGUAGCUGUUCCUGUAUAAUCCUCUUGCAAAGGCACCCUGGACUGAGGUUAGAUGUUCACGUGGCCUAAACCCCUUCCUGUGCUCAGUCUGCUCUGGAUUAAGCUCCUUUCGAGUUGAAGAGGAGAUGCUUCUGUACCUUCAGCUAAAUAAAAUCACUUUGUUUCUCUUCCUCCCUGCUUUAA